AUGGCGUGGAGAGAGUCCAUCACUUUCCUUCAGAAGCUACUCCGUAUCAAGCUCAGACAACGAAGGGAGGUGCUCGGCUAUUGCAAAUUGCUUGGCCAGAAAAACCACACUCCUACAUUCUACAGCCAAUCAGAGGUUCACCGUUCACGUCUUCUAAGAAACUUGAAGCAUUCUUUGGCAGACCCUGUUGCAAUGUGGCAUGUCAAAGACGAGAUAGCCCCUGCUAUCCUCCUUGUGGUGGACUUUGGUGGCUGGUACAGGCUUGAUACGAAGACAUCCAAUGACAGCUCUUCCGACUCAAUGAUACAUCAUACUCAAGUCUCUCUACUGAAAGAUGUCAUUGUACCGUACACCCAUUUACUUCCUAGGCUACACCUAUCUGAAAACCGGAAGAGGCCCACAGUUCUUUACUUCAAAGGAGCAAAGCAUAGGCACCGGGGAGGUCUUAUUCAUGAGAAAUUAUGGGAUUUGUUGAUCGAUGAGCUGAGAGUGAUUAUGGAAGAGGGCUUUCCUAAUGCCACAGGGAAGGAGCAAUCAAUAAAGGGGAUGAGGUCAUCGCAGUUCUGCUUACAUCCAGCAGGCGACACACCAACUUCGUGUAGACUCUUUGAUGCUGUGCGGAGUCUCUGCAUACCAGUCAUUGUCAGCGACAACGUUGAGCUCCCAUUUGAAGGCAUGGUGGAUUACUCAGAAUUCUCUGUUUUCGUUGCUGUUAGUGAUGCUUUGAAGCCCGAUUGGCUAGUGAGUCAUCUGAGAAGCUAUUCUCGUGAACAGAAGGAUAGGUUUCGCAGAAACAUGGCCACGGUUCAACCGGUCUUUCAAUAUGACAACGGCCAUCCGGGUGGUGUUUGCCUGAUACCUCCAGGUGGCGCAGUGAAUCACAUAUGGAGGAAAGUUCAUCAAAAGCUACCAUUGAUCAGAGAAGCUAUCACACGAGAGAGGCGAAAACCUCAGGGAGUAUUGGUUCCACUUCGUCGUCAUUGCAUUUGAUGUAUCAUAUUUUCCAUAACUCACUUCUUCACUCUACUCCAUUUUUAUAUUUUAAUGUUUUCGUUUAUUCAUCAAUAUGGGUUUAUUAUACCUUCUUUGAUAGAUCUA